AUGGACACAUGCGCCUGCGCUUUGGAGCUGCUGGGGAUGCUGGUCUAUGUCGGAGCGUGGCUGUGCGCUUUAGCCUCCACUAUCUUACCACAGUGGCUGACCAUGUCCACUGCGCUGCUGGCGGUAGAGAGCUACGAGCUGGGCCUGUGGGAGACAUGCGUGGUCCAGGAUAUCGGGGGCAUGGAGUGCAGAGCUUAUGACACCCUGCUCGGCCUUUCCAAUGACCUCAAGCUGGCCCGCAUCCUCAUGUGUUCUUCCCUUGUGGUGGGCAUGCUGGGAAUGCUGGUGGCUAUACCUGGACUUUACCUGGUCAACAGCUGUAAUAAACACGGAGGCAACCAAACGAAGAAGCGUUUAACCAUCAUAGGAGGGGUGAUGGGAAUGAUUUCUGGAGUGCUGUGUCUGAUCCCCGUGUCCUACAUGGCCCAUUUAGCCGUGAUACAUUUCUUUGAUGAUCAAGUACCGGAUGUGGUGCCACGAUGGGAGUUUGGUGACGCCCUGUUCUGCGGCUGGGGCGGAGGAUUUCUUCUCAUAGUGGCCGGGCUCCUUCUGGUCACCUCUUGCUCAUGUUCACAGGCAGAGCCUGAGCCCGUGCUGGAGCAGAGAUACCAGGGGAUGAGUACAGAUGUUUCCUUUAGGAAGCGCUCAGAGUAUGUUUAA